UCACCGCCAUUUUGGAUUAAUUUUUGUCAAAAUAUGUCCCUUGAAGAGCCAAAUACAACUCAAAUACAGCUAGAGAACAUUGGUGUUGAUUAUGCACAGUUUCUUAGCCAAGCCACCAUAGCACAUGUAGCUCAUGUGUCUGAAACUGGAGAAAUUGUUGCAUUUGUAGAACAACAUGGAGACCCCAACCAACAGGAAAACAUAGACCCAAAUCAAAUCACAUUAGCCAACUUUGAUCCACAGCAACUCCAUGUUGAACAUGUGGUGUUUGAACAGUUACCAGAAGGGACCCAGAUUCAAACUUUGGAAUUUUUACCUCCCCUUCAACAACAACAACAACAGCAGCCGAUACAGAUUAUUGAACCAAAAAAGGCAGAGAUCAAACCUCCUGUUGGAAAGGGCCCAUUUCCAUGUGAGUCAUGUGAUAAAAUAUUCCCAAAAUGGAACCAGCUGCAAAGACAUCUAAAGACCCAUGAAGAAGACAAGCCAUUUCGUUGCACACAAUGCAGCAGUUCCUUCAAUAUUGAAGAGAAUCUCAAAUUACAUCAGGCCACCCAUGUGCCACCUGAUGGGGAACCAACCUGUCCAGAAUGUGGCAAGACAUUCUCACGUAUUGCUAGUCUGAAAGCUCACAUUAUGCUGCAUGAAAAAGAGGAAACAUUGAUGUGUACUGAGUGUGGGGACGAAUUUGGUUUGCAGUCUCAACUGAACAAACAUUUACUGGAACACAGACAGGAAGAAUCAGGAAUGAAGUCUUAUCCAUGUAAACAGUGUAAUAUGCAGUUUAAUAAACCAGCUCUUCUAAGAGAACACAUGAAACAGCAUUAUAAAAUUAAAGCCUCAUUGACACACAGACCUUACAAAAGAAAUGUUGAUAGGUCAUCAUUUCAUUACAAAUGUCAGCAUUGUGGAAAAAUGUUCCAGAAACCUAGUCAGUUGGUCAGACACAAUCGUAUCCAUACAGGUGAAAGGCCUUAUAAAUGUACUUUAUGUAACAGAGCAUUUAACCAGAAAGGGGCUCUCCGUAUACACAUGAGUAAACAUACUGGAGACAAACCUUUCAUGUGUGAUUUCUGCCCUCAUGUAUUUGCUCAGAAAGGAAAUCUUAGAGCUCAUAUUAAGAGAGUGCAUACACUGCCUGAAGAUGGACAGGAAUUUCAAACAUUCAGAUGUAGUGAAUGCAGCUGUGUAUUUAAAAAGCUUGGAAGUUUGAAUGCUCAUAUUAGUCGUGAACAUGCAGAACAAACAGAGAUUCCAAUGCCUAAUGAUUCUGGUAAACAAUUGAUAACAGAAGAACAGAACGACAUGGUUAUAAACCAGAUUUUAGGUUUGUCAGAACAACCUGCUGAUCAGGAUGAAUCCAAUCAACACACAACAGAAAAUCAAAUACAAGAGAUUGAUGGACAACAGGUUUCAAAUAGUGAUAUUCUGCAACAAGCCUUAGAAAAUAGUGGUCUUCCUAGUGGUGAAACGGGAACUGGGACAGUAGUGCCGUCAACUUCUGGUACGGAACUGGUACCCGUUGCUCCAAUGCCUAUCUCUGUAUUACAGCAUACACCAAUAACACAAACAGUGACAACCAUGACAUUGCAGGAUUCUGCUACUGGUUCUGUCAAAAAGCAUAUUAUCAGAAAGGUAAAUGGAGUGAGAUGGCAUCAGUGUACUUAUUGUGCGAAGGAAUUCAAGAAACCCAGUGAUCUUGUUCGUCAUAUUCGUAUCCAUACUCAUGAAAAGCCUUAUAAGUGUACCCAGUGCUUCCGAUCAUUUGCUGUGAAAAGUACAUUGACAGCACACAUUAAAACUCACUCUGGAAUCAAAGAUUAUAAAUGUGAUUUAUGUACUAAAAUGUUUUCUACUCAAGGCAGUUUGAAAGUUCAUCUUAGAAUGCAUACUGGUGCUAAGCCAUUUGAUUGUCCUCAAUGUGAAAAGAGUUUCAGGACAUCUGCUCACAGGAAAAGUCACAUAACAUCACAUUUUAGAAAUGGUGAUUUAGAUAAAAGACCUAAAAGAGUAUUUAGGAGAGCAAAUAAACAGGACUUGGUUCCAGAUAUACCACUUCAGGAACCAAUAUUGAUUACUGAUACAGGUCUAAUUCAGCAACCCCCAAGAAAUAAUUUGUUGAAUCAAUACCUUGGAGAAGCUGCCAGUGUUGAUAGACCAUAUAAAUGUGGAUUCUGCUCACGAGGAUAUAAAAAAUCCAGUCAUCUGAAACAGCAUGUUAGGUCUCAUACAGGAGAGAAACCAUACAAAUGUAUUCAGUGUAUGAAGGCGUUUGUUUCCAGCGGUGUACUGAAAGCUCACAUCAGAACACAUACAGGGGUGAAAGCUUACAAGUGCUUAAUCUGUGAUAGCAUGUUUACCACAAACGGAAGUCUAAAACGUCACAUGUCAACACAUAGUGAAGUUAGGCCGUUCAUGUGUCCCUAUUGUCAAAAAACAUUCAAAACAUCGGUCAACUGUAAAAAGCAUAUGAAAACACACAGACAUGAGUUGGCUCUGCAAGCCCUACAGAACGAUGGACAGGAUGUUGAUGGAGAUAGUCAAGAUGCUACAGACAAAGAUCAGGCUGAUCUUGUUGAGGAAAACAAUUUGGCGGACCUUGUCCUUCAACAAACUGACCAAUCCGGUGCCAUUAAUCAGAAUGACGGCCUAGCUCAGACCAGUAUUCAGGAUGCUCUCAAUUCUGCUAGUCUGGAUCAACAAUUCCAGCAAACUCUUAAUCAUCAGAUAUUUGGUCAACCACAAACAUUCAGUCAGAGUUUACUAGGAACAGGACAGCAGAAUUUUGCUCAGUUGAAUCAACAUAUCAAUAAUCAAAUUCAACCUCAAAAUGUCAUGACCUCUCAACUUAACAACCAAAUAACCAAUCAGAUGCCCACAUCUAUGAACAACCAAUUUACUACAUCUCUCAAUGAUACUAUGGUGACACCAAUUACCAGUCAGCAUGGAGGCCAGCUUGAUGCUACCAUUUUUAAUCCAAACAGUUUCCAAAUACAGGGGCAACCACUUCAAGAUCUAAACUCAUUGAACUUUAGCCAAGGAGUUACCUCUUUGACCACUAGUCUACCAAGUACUUCUAUGCAGAAUAUACUGCCUACAAGUGACAUAUCCAUUUUGGAGGCACAGGAAGCAGAAACAGUGGACAAGGAACAGCCAGCAGCACCAACACAGGGGACGGAAUCUUUACAAAAAGAUGAUGAUGACGGAGCUAGACAAUAUCCUUGUACUUUAUGUGAUAAAGCCUAUAAGAAGUCAUCUCAUCUUAAACAGCACAUGAGAUCUCACACAGGAGAGAAACCUUAUUCCUGUUAUCAAUGUAGCAAGAGUUUCAUAUCAGCCAGUGUACUCCGAUCUCAUCAGAGGACUCAUGAUGCAGUCAAACAGUUCCAGUGUAGUUUUUGUAAAGCUGAGUUUACUACCAAUGGUUCAUUGGUCCGCCAUAUGUCUGUCCACGAUCGUCAACGGUCACAGAAAUGUCCUUACUGUGAAGAAUCAUUCAAAUCAUACAAUAUGAUGAAAAGACAUAUGAAAACCCAUAGUGAUGUGAUUGAAGAGGACAUAGCCUUAAACAAACGUCCUAAAUCAUCUGUGAUUAAUUUAGUUUAUGAAGAACAGUCACAAGAAAUUGAUGAAGUUGUCCAAGAAGAAGACCAACUAAAUGUUUCCAAGAAAAUUUUGCAAGAUUCAUCAGACAAAGAAAAAGUUGUCACAGAUAAGGAAGAUGAAAAUGAUGAGGACUCUGAUGCCUAUAAACAUGCUCACCAGUGUAAUCAUUGUAGUAAAAGUUUUAAGAAGCCCAGUGAUUUAGUCAGACACAUCAGGAUACACACUGGUGAAAAGCCCUUCAAAUGUGAUACAUGUGGCAGAGCAUUUACUGUCAAAUCUACACUGGAUAGCCACAUGAGAACUCAUGGCAGUACAACAAAGAAUUACAAAUGUCAUGUGUGUGCAGCCAUGUUUGCUACGAAAGGAAGUUUAAAAGUUCACAUGAGACUACAUACAGGUGCUAAACCAUUUAAAUGUCCACAUUGUGAUCAAAGAUUUAGGACUUCUGGAAAUCGUAAGAGUCACGUGUUACAACAUUUCAAAUCAGAUCCACCUAAAAGGAGAAAGGCAAGGGAACCAGAAGAAUCUGUUCAGAAUGUUGACUAUGUAUCUGCAAAUGAUGUACAAAAUGUGAUGACGAUAAAUCAGAAUAAUCAAAGUCAUGUGAUUCAUUUAGACCAAUCAAUGCUAGGUGGUCAGGGUAUAUUACCUGUACAGUUGACUGUCCCUACAGACACUCCUCUUACAGGACUUUCAGAAAGUGCCCUAGCCACCCAAGUAUUACAAGGUUUAGAAGGUAUACAGUUACAGUUGACUGGAAACCAGGGUGUCCAGAUUACGGGUCUUGACCCUAAUAUAUUCUCCCAGACUGUUCAGAUCGAUGCUAAUUUGUUACAACAGCUUCAGUCCCAAGGGAACAUAAAUAUAACCAUUAAUCCAAACAUACUCACUCAAGCGUUACAAACUGCCGAUCCAAACAUUAUACAGAAUGUUCAGAUACAGCAACAACAGGAAGCUAUUAACCCUAACAUCAUAGUACAACCUAUGUCUGGUAUUACUGACCAGAACAUGAUGGCCACGUCUGGUGCAAGUGUUGUAAUGACUGAUGGAGCACCCAAUGCUUUUGUGGUAUCAGGAGAUGGAACCAUACCCAGUGAUCAGAUAACAGUUACACAGGCAGAUAUAACUGAAGUAGAAGGUAUGGUAGAUAUUGGUCAAGUAGAUGAUGGUAACAAUGAAGAUGACGAUGAUGAUGAUGUGGACCUAGAUGAUAGUCUAGAGGAUAACUUACAUGGGACAGUUGAAGACGAUUCUCUUUUACAACAAACUAUAGACCAUGAUAAUCUGACUCAUGGCAGUCAGUCAGCUAAUAUCAGUCUGCAGGAUGUAUCCCAGGCCGUCAAUCCUGUCACUGGCGAGAAUUAUGAUGAUUCUUCCCGCCAGUAUAAAUGUCAAAUUUGUGAUAAGUCUUUCAAGAGAUCUGGCCAUUUGAAAGAACAUCUGAUGAUACAUCAACCGGACAGUAAACCUAGAUUUAAAUCGCCAGGCAACCACAAAUGUCAACAUUGUAAUAAAGCUUUCCAGAAACCUAGUCAAUUAGAGAGACAUAUACGUAUACAUACAGGUGAGAGACCAUUUGUAUGUGAAAUUUGUUCGAAAUCAUUCAACCAGAAAAAUGCUCUACAGAUCCACAUGAAGAAACAUAGCGGUGAAAAACCACACAGGUGUUCAUAUUGUGAACUAGCAUUUACUCAGAAAGGAAAUCUAAAAACUCACAUAAAACGUGCUCAUCAUAUGGACAUGGUACAUUCUAUGAACAUUCCCAAAUCAUAUGUACCUCCUGCUGGUGCUAAUGUGAAUAUUAAAACAGAAGGGGAGGGUGGUAGUAUUCAUGAGGACGGAAUCAGUUAUGAUGAAAUGGCCGAUUUGAUGAAUGUGAUAUGAGCCAACACAGGUACUCAUUGGAUAAAAGGCUAAUAUUUGAAUGUGUUCAAUCGUUAGUAUUAUUACAGAAAGAGGGAGUUGUAGAAUACUCACGAGGACGGAAUUGGUUAGGAAGAAAUGGCGGGCCUGAUGUAUGUGAUACGAGUCAGCAAAAGUGCUCAUUAUGUGUACCGGUAUGACUUAUAUUUAAAAUUUAAAACUGAACUAUUUUAAACUUGAUGUAAACAAAUUAUAUAUGUGAAUUUUAUAUGAUGAUCUGUGAAUGCAAAUUAUUUUUUAUGUUUAAGUUUUAAAUGUGAUAAUGUGAUAACUUAACACUGACUUCACACUGACUUCACACACUGCCAAAAUGAAAGGAAAUAUCUUUGUUUCUUUAAUUUAUGAAAACUAUUUGUUUAGAAUAGCAGUAAUUUAAGAAUGGAAAAUAACAUAUGUACAAACUCUUUGGUAAUAUCAGAAAUCAUAAAUCCUAAAAAACAGGUGAAAAUAGGAAAAUCCCUUGACAUAUCAUAUAACCUGACUUGACACAGGCAUUUUUCUCUUGAAAGUUGUGGGAUCAUUAGCAUAUUCCUCUGGUAAGUUGUGGGAUCAUUGGCAUAUUCCUCUGGAAAGUUGUGGGAUCAUUGUCAUAUUCCUCUGGAAAGUUGUGGGAUCAUUGGCAUAUUCCUCUGGAGAGUUGUGGGAUCAUUGGCAUAUUCCUCUGUAAAGUUGUGGGAUCAUUGUCAUAUUCCUCAGGAAAGAUGUGGGAUCAUUGGCAUAUUCCUCUGGAAAGUUGUGGGAUCAUUGGCAUAUUCCUCUGGAAAGUUGUGGGAUCAUUGGUAUAUUCCUUUGGAAAAGUUGUGUAAUAGAUCCAAGUUUUAUGUACUGAAUCUUCCCUAUGGUACGACAGUCGAUGUUGCCAUCAAUUGGAUUUUCUGAGAUGAAAGAAAAUUGACAUACACCAAAAGUAUCAAUAGUAUUUUCUAAUUGUAGUGCUGAGCAAAUAAAAUUAUUUGUUUGAUUUACUUGUUUGAUUUUCAAUAAAUGUCAGGAAAUUUACUGAACAAAAUGUAUUUAUUCCUGAAAUUGUAAGAAUAUUGAUAUUUACACUUAUUACAAAGAAAGAAUGUGCUAUAUAUAGAUUUGAUAAAUCUAGUCAUAUUUAGAAUUAAACCAACAAAGGUAUUAAUACUGAAUCUCAUUACCAUCAUCACUGAAGAGAUUAUUUUUUAAUAUUUGUGAAGUCAACAUGUCUGCUAGUAUUUCAUAAUAACAAUGUUUUGAAUAGGAAAGGCUGUGUGAUGUUUUAUGAUUACUUGGUAACCAUUGUCUGUUCAUCAUAAACACUUUGAGCCUCUAAGAAGACAAUGUUACGGUUGAAUGAACUCCUGUUACUUGUCGGAUACCAUCAUAACAUGUGUGAUUGCUAUGACUUUUCUAAUUAGCUGAAACUUAAAAAAAUCUUAAGAAUUGCUAAGUCAGGAUAAUAGGAUAGAAUUGAAUGCAACUUUUGGAGUGUUGUAAUUUAAGUGCCAGUGAGACAACUAAUACUUGGUAGAGCAGUUGUCAAGAAGAUAUUAUAAUUCAUUUGAAUAUAUAUGUUAUAUAUAAUUCUCCAUCAUUUAGUUUUCGUUGAGUCUUUUACUAAUUUAUAGUACAUCUCUCUCGUAAGAACUGAUUGACCAGUUGAAACCAAAUGUAGCAGAAAGGUUCUUUCUAUGCCAAAAUUAAAGAAGUACAUGGAUCUGUUGAACUAUUUCUAGGCUAGACUAGCCAUCAGCACAUCUACUACUAUCAUGCCAAAUAAAGAGUCUACACUGCCAAUAGUUGAAUUCAUUGAAAAUUAAAAUUUUCCUAAACUAAUGCUCAAUGAUCGUGAAUAACAUGAAAAAUUCUUCAACUUUUUUUGAACACCUGAAUUCUGUUUGAAGAUUUAAACAUCUUACCCUGGUGCAACCAAUUUUAAUAUAAAAGUCUUUACCAAAACCAUUUGCAUGUGAAAUCUGUGAUAAAAUGUUUUUAGUCUUCUGUGAAAUUAUGUCUUGGAUAUAUGGUCAUUUUUUUUGGUGGUUACUUGUUGAAAAAUGAAAUUAUUUUUAAAGUGUUAUAUGUUCCAUGACAUUUUUAGUGACUUGGACGUGUAUACAUUUAUUUGAUUUUGUUGUGUUAGUAGAACUUGUUUAAUAUUGAACAAGCAAUUUGAAUUGUAAUAAAAAAUCAUUCUUUGGA